AGCAAACCUUUAUUAAGUGCCUAUUAAUACAAAACAAUUUUCAUAAGGAGCAGACAUCUCGCCAAAGAGUUAUCACUAUUAUGUAAUGCAGUAAUACAUAGAAUGUUCACAAGAUUGAAAGUCAGAGGUCCCGAGUUCAAAUCAUAUCUGUUACUUGCUACAUUGUGACUUUGUUGCCACAAUUGUGUCACUUAACCUCAAUGGGGGCUCAGUUGCCUCGGACCAAAUGGCUUCUAAGGUCUAAGUCUAUGAUCCUAAAGUGAUGCUCUGACCAUGUCCCCACCCUUACUCAGUAAAUUCCCAUGACUCCCUAUUAUCUCUAAGAUCCAAUAUAAAAUGCAGUUUUUGACAUUUAAAGCCUUUCAUAGGCUCCUUCCUACCUCUCCAACCUUCUUACACUUACCCCACUCCAACACUGCGAUCCAGAGACACUGGACUGCGGAAAAUCCUAGCCCAUGAUGCUUCCUGGCUGGGGAAUUGACAUUUUCACUGAUUAUUCCGAAUGCCUGCAACUCCAGCCCUCCCUGCUUUCUGCUUUCCAGCUUCUCUGGCUUCCUUGAAGUCUCAGCUCAAGUCCCUCUUUCUGCAGAUCCCUCAGCCUCGCCUUCCCUCUGUUUCUGAUUUAUCCUGACUAUGGAUUUGGCACGGAAUUGUUGCAAGUGGUCUCCCCCCCUCUACUGAGAGCUCCUUGAGAGGGGAUCCCUUCUGCUUUACUUUGCAUCCCCAGGGCUUAGCAGGGGCCCCAAGGUGAGCAGCAAUGCUUGCUGACUGACUUGAAGGGGUAGAAAGAAGCCUGGGUUUGGGGCUGAGACCAGUAAUACUUACUACCUGAGCAAUUGUGACUGUGAAAUAGAGGGCUCAUUUUAAUUUGUGAGAAGAUGGGACUGGCUGACUUCUGACACACGCACUGUGGUACAGUGGCUAGGGGCUCCUGCCUUGGAGUCAGAGGCUUUGGGUUCGAAUCCUAACACUUGGGCAAGUCACUUGAGUGAGAGGUCAUCUUCAGCUCUAAGUCUCUGACCCUGGAUCUCAGAGAAAGCACUGGAUGGGGAGUGAGAGGCUGCGAGUGGAGAUCCCGACUCUGCUCUCUGGUGGUCAUGGCCCAGCCAUUUAGCUUCUCAGUUUCUCCAACUGUAAAACGAAGGGGUUGGAGUGGAUGGCCUGCCCUUGAGUUCUAGAUGUCGGCAGUAAGGUUCAGGGGCCCACGAAAUCCCACUUUAGUCCCUGGGACCCCUUGGGCAGCGCUUGGCACAGUUCCAGGCACGCGCAAGUACUUGUGACGGGCUUGUGGCUUUGAGUUCAUCUCUUUGGGACUCAGUUUCCCCAUCUGUAAAUGACUCGGGAGUUGGGCUGGGCUCUGGGCUCACUCUGAUUCUGACGGACACCUGUCAUGCAGUUUUUUCCCUCUCUGUAGCCAUUCCCUUGGCCUCCACUCCUACUCGCGGGAGCCAGGAGGCAGUCGCUACCCCCACUCCCGCCGCCCCCCGCUGUCGCCCGAGGCUGCCUCUAGAGGGCGGCCUGGAGGCUGCUUUGCCCGUUCUCCCUCCUCCUGAUCCCGACGCUUCGCUCCCGAGCUCAGCAAACUUUCGGAGUUUCUCCUCCUCUUGCGUCAUGGAAAAGGCUGGAGGGUGACCCGGAGAGUGGGAGGCGAGGAGCCCGGCGAGCUCCCUUCUUCUAGCGGCCCAGCCCCAGGGCCGGUGUGGGUGUGCGGGCUACUGCUCUGCGAGAUCCUGGGGAGGCCGGCUCGCUCUCGGUCCCGCACUGGGGAGAUCGGCCUAGAAGAGCGCAGCAACCCGGACACCUCCUCCACGCCGGCAGCGCUCGCUCCCAGGAGCUCGAGCCGCCAAGCUCGCUUCCCGAGGCGCCUGCAGCUGCUGAAAGUGGCGCGGGGGCAGGGAUCGGCUUCGCGCCGGCCCCCUUUUCGCCACUCCCAGCCUUCGGACCCCCCCGGCUCCUGUUUCUCCCUCCACCUCGUAGCCUUUCUGGAGCGGUUUCCCGAGGGAGAGAAUGCGGGCGUGCUUGGGCGUAUUUACGGCUACAAGAUGGAGUGAAGGGAGCCCCAGUGCCAGCCGCGCGCCCCGAGGGCUGUGAGCGCAGGUGGGCAGCCGAGUUGAGGCCGCCCCGCUCCCCCGGCGCAUCCCUCUCUGCUUCCCAUCCCUCGGUCCAAACGGAAGUGCCUCUGUUUUUGCUGAACUCUUUGGCGGCUUUCUCCCCUCCGCCCUCCGUCCGAGCCUCCCUCCCUUCAUCCAUCCUUCUCUCCCUCCCUCCCUCCCCAAUCAUCCCUCCCCCUCUGGACACAAGAACCCGGAAUCGCUUUUUUUUUUUUAACUAGCUUCUUGUAGUCGUUGCAAAGUUGAUUGUUGAGGUGCCUCUGCCCGGGGAGCUUCGCCGAUCGCUGCCCAGCCGGGGCCCGGAGAGAAGCCGACGGGAUCGCAGCUCGCUCCCGAAGUCCUCCGCCUUUUUUUGGGAACCAGCGCCGUGCGUGUGUGGCUGCGUGUCUGUGAGUGGGGGGUGGGCGUUUUGUUUCCCUCGGCGCGGAUUUGGGGGAGGCUCUCGUGCCCACUGCCCCGGCGGUGGGUUGGGCGGGUUCGUCGGGGUUUUCAGGAUUGAUCUGAUCGGGGCUUUCCCCCGCGUACUUUGGUCUGACUCCCAAGUUCCUCGCUCUUUGCUGCGAGUCAGUUUCAGGCGGGUGGAAACUGACCAAGAAUUAAGCUAACAAAAGAUUCCAAAAGAACCCUGCCGAGAGGUUCCUCCGAGACCUUUUUGGCUCCUCUCAGCUUCCCUCCCCAGGCAGGGAGGAGGGGGUUUAAGGGUUCGGGGCUUCUGAGGAGAUCGAGGGUUCAAGCCAAGGGUUCAGGGGCCCAGGGGAACUUCCCCGAGACGCUUCCCCCCGGAUCCAGAUUUGCUGCAUGUUCUGUUUUGAUCUGAAAGUUCACGUGAAUUUUCCCGAGUUCUUGUGUAAGCCUUGGAUUGUUGUUGUUGUUCUGCCCCGGGAUCUUGUUGGGAAGCAGGAGGGAGGCGUCCACCCUUGGAUUUAUUUCAGCCUCGUUAGGUUUUCCUCUGGCCCCUCUUGGGCUUUUUGGAAUUUUUUUAAACCCCCAGUUCCCAAGAAGAGGAAAGGAAAGCAAAAGCUUCCUAAGAUAUUCCUCCCUAAGAAAACCAACCAGCUUAGUGAGGAAGGAGAUGUAAAGUUGCUGCCCAGAACAGGCUGUGGGAAAACAAGCAGCCAGAUGGAGACUGCGAGAUGAGGAUCUGCUGGGGGAUGGUGGCCUGGCAGGACUGCCUUCUCUGGCCUGCGCUGUCCCCUCGGACCUAGCCCCAGCCGGCUGCAGAAGACUGGACUCCUCUCUGGGCUAUGUCACUUUCCGCCAAGGGGGUGAGGCUUGGUGGAAUGCAAGGGCCACCCUUGAACGUCUGUGCUGAGGGUGAAGGGGCAGGAUCCUUGUGGAUACUCGGUGACCGCGGCUGUGUGUUUCCCCAUGUGCGUGGCAGAAGGCCCCGUCCCUACUUAAAUUGACUCGGGCUCUGAGCUGCAGCCCCUUCGUCCCUGCCUUUCCCCGAGACUGUCCUUCCCUAUCCAGAAGAUCCAGCCCCAGCCAUGGCUUUGAAAGGCCGAGCACUUUAUGACUUCCAGAGCGAAAACAAAGAGGAGAUCAGCAUCCAGCAGGACGAGGAGCUGGUGGUCUUCAGCGAGACCUCCUUGGACGGAUGGCUGCAAGGGCAGAACAGCCGAGGGGAGACCGGGCUCUUCCCCGCCUCCUACGUGGAGAUCCUGCGGUCUCGCUCCGACUCCAACUACAUGGACUAUUCAAACAGUCCGGCCAGCUCUCCCCACAACGAGACUGCUUUCUACGUCACCCCCGUGGCCAACCCCGGCGUCCUCUCCCAUCAGGGCAGCUUCGAGGAUGACGAUGAGGACUGGGACGACUGGGACGACGGGGGCACGGUGGUGGAGGAGCCCCGGGGCGUCGGGCUGGGUACCAACGGGCACCCCCCUCUCAACCUCUCCUACCCCGGCGCCUACCCCAACCAGCACAUCAGCUUCCGGCCCAAGCCACCCCUGGAGCGGCAGGACAGCACGGCCUCCGGCAAGCGAGGGAGCGUGGUGGGGCGCAAUCUGAACCGCUUCUCCUGCUUCGUCCGCUCGGGGGUGGAGGCCUUCAUCCUGGGCGAUGUGCCCAUGAUGGCCAAGAUCGCCGAGGCCUACUACAUCGAGAUGGGCCCCCGAGGCCCCCAGUGGAAGGCCAGCCCCCACCCCUUCGCCUGCUCCGUGGAAGACCCCACCAAGCAGACCAAGUUCAAGGGCAUCAAGAGCUACAUCUCCUACAAGCUGACGCCCAGCCACGUGGGCUCGCCCGUGUACCGGCGCUACAAGCACUUCGACUGGCUCUACAACCGCCUGCUGCACAAGUUCACCGUGAUCUCGGUGCCCCACCUGCCCGAGAAGCAGGCCACGGGCCGCUUCGAGGAGGACUUCAUCGAGAAGCGCAAGCGCAGGCUGAUCCUCUGGAUGGACCACAUGACCAGCCACCCGGUGCUGUCGCAGUACGAGGGCUUCCAGCACUUCCUCAGCUGCCUGGAUGACAAGCAGUGGAAGAUGGGCAAGCGGCGGGCAGAGAAGGACGAGAUGGUGGGGGCCAGCUUCCUGCUGACCUUCCAGAUCCCCACCGAGCAUCAGGACCUCCAGGACGUGGAGGACCGCGUGGACGCCUUCAAGGCCUUCAGCAAGAAGAUGGACGACAGCGUGCUGCAGCUCACCAACGUGGCCUCGGAGCUCGUGCGCAAGCACAUCGGGGGCUUCCGCAAGGAGUUCCAGAAGCUGGGCAACGCCUUCCAGGCCAUCAGCUACUCCUUCCAGCUGGACCCCCCCUACAGCUCGGACGCCCUCAACAACGCCAUCUCCCACACGGGCAAGACCUACGAGACCGUGGGCGAGAUGUUUGCCGAGCAGCCCAAGAAUGACCUCUUCCAGAUGCUGGACCGCCUCUCCCUCUACCAGGGCCUGCUCUCCAACUUUCCGGACAUCAUCCACCUGCAGAAAGGUGCCUUCGCCAAGGUCAAAGAGAGCCAGCGCAUGAGCGGAGGCAAGAUGGACCAAGACGAAGCGGACGGCAUCCGCAAGCGCUGCCGGGUGGUGGGCUUCGCCCUGCAGGCCGAGAUGAACCACUUCCACGAGCGCCGGGUGCUGGACUUCAAGCACAUGAUGCAGUCCUACCUGCGGCAGCAGAUUCUCUUCUACCAGCGGGUCAGCCAGCAGCUGGAGCAGACCCUGCGCAUGUACGACAACCUCUAACCUGCCCUUGGCCUCUCGGCCGCCCCUUCCCCAGCGCAGUCUGCUCAGGAGAAGGAGCCUCUGGGGGCUUCCUGAGGGAGGGCUGAGGCCCCCGCCCCUUUGUACAGUUAAGCAGUCCCUCUCCCCCUCCCCCCCGGGGGGGCUCUCACAGCCACUGCCUUGGUCCCCAGCAGGACCAUCCCUGCUUCGAAAAGGGGACUGGGAACGGGGUGAGAGGGAUCUGGUGUCUUCCUCUUCCUCUUCCCCGGGGGCAGGAGCAGAGGCAGAGAGGGGAGGGAGCCUUUGGAGACCAACUAAGGCCAUAGCGAGUGUGGACUAGAGAGAGCAUCCAGCCCCACCCCGCCCUGUGAAUCCGGAGCAUUCAGAGACAUUCCUGGAUAGGGUUAGGGGGAAAAGCCAAGCGCCCCCUUUUUCCUGCUGAAAACCUCGAGGCUUCUUCAUCCGUCUCCCCCGAACCACAGCCCCUCUGAACCGUGGGGUGGAUUCUGGUCCUUGGCCCCCCUUUGUAAGAGGGAAUCUGGCCAGAGCCCAGAGGAGGGGUGAAGGGCCAGGAUAACUGUCCACACUAAUCUUCCCCUUGUAGCCCCGUCUCCACUGGCCAACGGGCAGGGGGCACCGCAGCUCCGAGGAACGCCAGGCCUUGGUGGGAUUUUGCCAGGGAGCCCUCAUGCCCUCGCCAGGGCUUUUCCUGGACCCCAUCCUUCUUCCCCCAUCCCAGAUUGUGAAGCCCCCCGUGGGAGCUGCCUGGGCGCUAGCCCCGAGUGACCUGCUUGGCGGUCCUGUGCAUCCGGACCCCCGCUCCAUAUCCAUAGAUAACCCUGGCUCUUCCUCUGGAAUUGAACUUGCCUGAUAUUUGUGCCCACCAGCAUAAUAACCCUGGGGAUCUUAGCUUCCACAGGUCCUUACAGACCCGAGUGCCUUUGGAUCGCCUUAAACCUCAAGCAUAGAAAGAACCUGCCAGCUGUGCCUCCUCUGGAAUGGCAGAGACUCUGUGGGCCCCACGGCGGGGAGCGCCGCCCCUCGGAGCCCUCCUGGUGCCCAGCCCCUCUUCUCGCAGCACUGUGACGCCAGCCUGGCCUCCCGAGGCGGGCGGAGAGGGCUCUGGUCGUUGUUUACAUCCCAGUGGGAGCUGCCCACGCGCCCCGCAGAUUUUGGGGGGCGGGAAGGGUGGGAGGGGCGCCUGACAGCGGCCACACAGGCCCCGCUCAAGGCCUUAGGCAGCCCCUCUCGCUUGCUCUCUCUUUUUUUCUCAAAAGAACUUUUACAAUUAAAACAAUUAAAACGA